UGUGUUAAAGAUCAUAUUGGUCACUUCCGGUAGAAUGGCAGUAAGCAAAACAUUCGAAAACAGGAAAACAUAAAUAGAACGGUUUCGCGAUAUAUAGUUUACUCGUGAGCAUUGAUAUAUAUUUUCUACGAAGGAUGCCUUGAUUACACUUACUAUGGGAAAGACAAAGCGUCCAGACCAAGGCCCGCCUCCAAGAUGGCUUCACUGCCCACGGAAAGGACAAAUGAUUGUGGACACGUUUGUGCCUUUUAAGACGCCACUAGACUCCAAAUAUGAUGAAGAUGUGCCAGAGGAAAGUCGCUUUACAGUCGGAAUGCUGAUCGAAUCCCAGAAAACAUACAAGAAAAAGCUUGGUCUUCUUGUGGAUCUGACAAAUACAACACGAUUUUAUGAAAGUUCAGAAGUGGAGAAGCUGGGUUGUAAAUACGUGAAAAUGCAGUGUCGAGGUCAUGGUGAGACGCCUUCUAAGGAGCAGACCAUUGAAUUCAUUCAGCUGUGUGCCCGCUUCAAGAACCAGAAGCCCCUUGAGAUGAUAGGAGUUCACUGCACGCAUGGCUUUAACAGGACUGGUUUCCUUAUCAUUGCCUAUAUAGUGGAACGCAUGGACUGGAGUGUGGAUGCAGCAGUGCAGUUAUAUGCUCAGGCCCGACCCCCAGGCAUCUAUAAACAGGACUACCUACAGGAGUUGUUCCAUCGCUAUGGUGACAUAGAAGACACACCCCCUGCCCCUGUUCUGCCUGAAUGGUGCAACGAGACUGAGGAAGGUGUGGACGAUGAUGGCAAUCUCAUAGAGGCUGAUGGCUCCGACCAGAAUGGCCAGCGCAAGAGGUUCAAGGCAGAGGUGGUGAAAAAGAAUGCCAAGUUUGUUGACGGGGUCACAGGGGUCAAGCAGGUGACAGACCAGCCACGGCUUGGCAGCGUCCAGCGCAAGGUGCAGGAAAUGUGUGGGUGGAAAGGGUCCGGCUUUCCUGGCUCGCAGCCGGUUUCCAUGGAUAUUAACAACAUAGACUUCCUAAGGAAGAAGCCUUACAAGUGCAGCUGGAAAGCAGAUGGCACUAGAUUCAUGAUGCUGAUUGAUGGACCAGAUCAGGUGUUUAUGCUGGACAGAGAUAACACAGUCUUUCAUGUGCCUAAAUUACAGUUUCCAAAACGGAAGGACCUGAAGUCUCAUAUCAACAAUACACUGCUUGACGGCGAGAUGAUAUUGGACACUGUUGGCGGAAAAAAUGUGCCAAGAUAUCUUGUAUAUGAUAUCAUCAAGUUUGAGGGAAAAGAUGUCGGCAAGAUUGACUUCAACACUCGUCUCACUUGUAUAGAGAAGGAGAUAAUUGGGUCCCGAAACGAGAAGGCGACUCAAGGUCUGUUGGAUAAGACCAAGGAGCCAUUCAGUGUGCGAUUGAAACCCUUCUGGGAUAUUGUCACUGCAAGAAAGGUACUGGAUGGGAAGUUUUCCAGCCAGGUCAGCCAUGAAGUGGACGGACUUAUCUUCCAGCCUAUCCCUGAUGUGUACCACCCUGGUCGCUGUCAGGAAGUGUUGAAAUGGAAGCCACCCGAGCUGAACUCUGUGGACUUCAAGCUGGAAAUCAAGACAGUGGCUGGAGGAGAAGGAAUGUUGGCUACUAAGAGGGCCUUCCUGUAUGUGACAGGCCUAGCAAACCCAUUUACAGAAAUGAAAUUCACAAAAGAUCUGAAGGAGCUGGACAAGAAAAUUAUAGAGUGCAGCUUUGACCCUGUGGCCAACAGUUGGAAGUACAUGCGGGAACGCACGGACAAGUCCUUCCCUAACCACUACACUACUGCAGUUGCUGUGUGUGAAAGCAUCAAGUACCCUGUGACCAAGGACAUCCUGUUCAGGGUCACAGAGAUGGAGCGAUGGAUGCCCCCUGCCAAGGAGGUCAUGCCCCCGCCCCCAUCCCGCCCCCUGCACAAGCCACACCCCAAACCAGCCUCGUGACCUCAGUGAUACUGUUAGUGUAUCACUGUUAGAGUGAUAUGCAGCCUUUCUUUAUAGUGGUGUGUAGCCACUCCUUCCAAGCAAGCCACGUGACCACAGUUUGACUUCAGUGAUACUGUAACAGUGAUAUGCAGCCUGUUUUUAUAGUGGAAAGUAGCCAUGUUGAACAUGACCACAGUUUGACAUCAGUGAUACUGUUACAGUGAUAUGAAGCCUUUUCUUGAAAAUGAAGUGUAGCCUUGAUUAAUGGAGAAUGGAAUACAAAAAGGAUAUUGCAUAACAUUUAUUUGUGGAUGAUUGGUGCAGUUCUCUUUGUGUACAUUUUGGGUCACAGACUGUCACAAGAAAAUCUGCAAAACAAAAAUUAUUUGGACUAUGAUGAUAAAAUGUGGAUGUGUUAUGGGAAAACAGAAAAUGACAACUUUAGGUUGUGGAACUGAUGUCAAAAUUUGAAGUGGAGAAUUUUUUAUUUGCAGUUAUAGUGCUACAAUAAUAUUACAUGUUUCAAAUACCUGGUAACUUCAGACUAGACACUUUGAGAGUGAUGUAUAGCUUAAUUUCAAUAAAUCACACUGGUUUGUGAAAAGCAACCAUAUGUAGCUUCAAAACUCUGCUCUGAACUUGUGUACGUGGUUGUUAUGACAACUUGUAAUUAGCAAUUACUGGAAACGAGACAUGCUAUUAGUAUGUAGUUUGAGAACUUUUGAAGUUUUACACAAUCUCUGUUGAGGUACUAGUUUUUGUAUGAAUUUAUAUUACUGAAAGUUGUGUCUGGUUCUGUGUUUUUUUCUGUUCAAUAUGCUUAAAUAUUCCUUUAAAUUUUGGCUAAAUAUUUCUUUAAUUUCUUGUUUCUAUGAAUUGGUUUAUAUUUAUUAAUUAUAAGUUUUUCUGUCUAACAUAUUUUUUAACAAAUAAAGAAAAGUUGUAAAGCACUGGAUAAGUAAUUUAAGUGAAAAUUACAUUAUUUGCAUCUUUCUUAAUUUUGUUUCUAGUGUUUUCACACAUGGCUGAACUCAUUCGCUUUAAGGUUUACUAUCAUAAGUUUGCUUCUUUUGCAGCAGUUACUGUUUGGCCUUCUGAUUUUCACUGUCUCAUAUGACUAACAUUAAGUAUGUGUGAAUGAGCAUGUCCUUUAUUGUGAAGUGGCUGUUAUGUCAUUAAAAAUAUUGCACAUCAUUAUAAAUUUGAUAUUUUGAUACGACAUGAUUGUAUGUUAUUGUCCUGAUUUUAUUUUCAAUCUGACUCUUGUCAGUUUUUUAUAUAUAAUUUGUCAAUGAUUUGCCAUUAAUAUGUAAGAUGACACCAAGUGUUUGAUUGGUAUGACAUAAACGAUGGCAUGUCAUCAAUGAUCAGAUCCCAGGCAAAUAGAUCCUGUAUUCAAAGGGUUGGUACACAUGUCAAAAAAAUCAAACUUUGUUUUGGCCAAAGCAUUAUGCUCUAAUAUCAUUUAUAGGGUCGUAUUUUGCAUUUAUUAAUACGUUAUUGUAAGAUUGAUAAACAAAUUCUAUAAUUUAUAGAAUGCUAAUAAUUUUUAUUUUCAAAACAAAUACUUUUUUGGAACAAAUGUAAUGAAUGUGUAGACACUGUGAAUUGCUUUUAUCAUAGUUAAAUUCAAGUUCGGAGUCUACAAUUAAACAAAAAAGGGCGUUUCCCAGUCUAAGAAUUGCUUAAAGUAGAUGUGGAACUGGACCAGAAUCUCUACAUCUGUUUCAAAGCGGUAUGUGGGAUAUAUAUCAGUGUAAACCAUAGUUAAAGUUUGGGAGGUAUUUAACUUUGCAGUCCUUUGCUUGUAUCUACGUCCCGCAGUUUGUGUGGACUCUACUAAAGGUGUCAGAUAGGUAAACGAACGUGUUACGCUCCGAAAAUACUGAUGGCUGUGACCAAACAUUGGGCGGCACAUCUAGUUUGUUACUUCCACCCUGAUUAACCCACCGUAUGUCUUCAAGUAUGAGAUCAGAUCUCCAAUUCAUAUCGCGAAAAGACAACCAAAUUCUACAAAUAAUUCCAAAUAAAAAAAACUUUUAUCUUGCCUAGGCGCGCGGUCCCUUGGCAUGGUUUAUGAUUUUAUAGGAUCAUCAAUACAGCACUGUAUAACGAAACGUCAAAUAUCAUCAACUUAUCUUAUUGUUAUGUUUAAUUGAUUGUGUAAACCCAUGACGAUACCUUGAAAUAAAAAUAAGAUAAA